AUGGCACCCAAGAUUGCUAUCGUCUAUUACUCCACCUAUGGCCAUGUCCGCCAACUAGCCGAGGCUGAGAAGCGCGGCAUUGAGAAGGCUGGUGGUACCGCCGAUCUCUUCCAGAUUCCUGAGACUCUCUCCAAGGAGAUUCUGGCCAAGAUGUAUGCUCCUGGCCCAGCUGCCGAUGUCCCGGUCUUAUCGGAUCCGGCGACUCUCGAGUCGUACGACGGUUUCUUGCUCGGUAUCCCGACGCGCUACGGAAACUUCCCGGCGCAAUGGCGCGUAUGGUGGGACCAGACCGGAAAGCAGUGGCAAAGCGGUGCUUUCCACGGCAAGAUGGCCGGUCUCUUCAUCUCAACGGCCUCUCUAGGCGGUGGUCAGGAGUCGACUGCUCUAGCGGCCAUGUCCACCUUUGCCCACCACGGCAUCAUCUACGUCCCCUUCGGUUACGCCAAGGCCUUCGGCACUCUGACUGACCUUUCCGAGGUCCACGGUGGUGGCCCCUGGGGUGCUGGUACCUUCGCUGCAGGCGAUGGCUCGCGCCAGCCCAGCGAGAAGGAGCUCUCCGUCGCUGAGAUCCAGGGCACCGAGUUCUACAAGACCGUUGCUAAGUUCGCUUCCGGAUCUGCGUGA